AUGAGCGACCCCAAAGCAGCCGUGACAUUAAUGAGCACCGACGUCGAGAGAAUUAUCUUUGGGUUACGCAGUUUUCAUGAAUUUUGGGCCAACACUCUUCAAGCCGGGUUACUGGCAUAUCUCCUGGAACGUCAGCUGGGUGUAGCUUUUAUAGUUCCUUUGGUCGUUGCAAUUAUCUCCUCAGUUACCUCAAUAUGGGCCAGCCGUUCAUCUGAUGUUUGUCAAACAAACUGGACACGCAAAGCCCAGCUCCGUAUCGGGACGAUAUCAAACAUGCUAUCAUCCAUCAAGGCGAUAAAGAUGCGUGGAUUAACGGAAAAAAUGUCUUCCAUUAUUCAAGAUUUGAGGUUGCAGGAGAUUAAAUUAGCGAACAGGUUCCGAAUGCUCUUGGUAUGGACUACGGGUUUAGGUUACGUCCCCCAAUUCAUCUCGCCUGCCCUUACAUUUUUGCUGUUCAUCCUGCGAGCAAGGAUCAAUGGGCAAGCUUUCGAUGCCUCUAGAGCUUUUACCUCGUUGUCUUUGCUGUUAGUACUGGCUCAGUCAUUAAGCCAGACUCUGCUAGACUUGCCCCCUCUGCUUGCUUCAUUUGGAUCUUCGGAACGUAUUGAUCGGUUCUUGUCAACCGAGUCCCAGGCUGACUCGAGGCACUUCCCAAUGUUUCCGGUUUCUGAAGAAUCCGUUAAGGAGAAGAAACCAUCGCUUUCUAUCCAACAGACUGCUGACAAUACGAUUAUUCGGAUAGAUGAUGGUUUCUAUGGCUGGGGAAAGGAUGACGUUCUCAGCGAUAUCAGUGUCACCAUUCCCGCAAGCCGGCUCACUCUCAUUGUCGGGCCCGUUGCAAGUGGCAAAUCUACUCUCUGUCAUGCCCUUCUCGGAGAAAUACCAAAGUCAAAAGGCAAGAUUGAAGUUUUUGCCGCUUCUAAAGAGAUAGGAUUCUGUGGCCAAGCACCUUACUUGACUAAUGGAACAGUCAAGGAUAACAUUGUGGGGUUUUCAGAUUUUGUUCCAUCUUGGUAUAACACUGUUAUUGCGGCUUGUGCACUCCUAGAUGAUAUCAACCAUUUGCCAUAUGGGGACGAAACCAGUGUUGGGAGCAAUGGAAUCAACUUAAGCGGCGGCCAAAAACAAAAAGUUGCGAUAGCUAGAGCUUUAUAUGCUCGGAAGUCGAUACUAAUUCUCGAUGACGUUUUAAGCGGGCUUGAUUCCAGUGGAGCAAAUCACGUCUUUUGGAACGUUAUAGGUCCAGGUGGACUUGCAAGACAGGAGAGGAUUACAGUGAUCCUUGCUACCCAUGCCACAGAAUAUCUCCCAUUUGCAGACCACAUUAUUGCUCUUGAUGGCACUGGCAAAGCUGCUCAACAGGGCGACUUUCAGUCUAUUCGUUCGAAAUCCGGCUAUGUCAGUGAUCUAACUAUCAUGGAAGGUGUGGGUCGAAAACCAGUGAUCGCGGGUGAUUACCCGGGUGCAAAAAAUAAAGAGACAGCUAACUGCAACUCCCUUGACGGUUUUCCGAUUCGGAAAACCGGUGAGCUCUCUGUCUACAGCUAUUAUUUCAAAGCUGCUGGUAUUUGGACGACAACUCUUCUUUUAAUCUUAGUUAUUUUUUACACGGCACUAUACAACUUCCCCACCUACUGGCUCAAGAUUUGGGUCGAUGGUUCCGGUGCUUUUCAUCCAGGAGGCUUUGAUGAUCUUACCUACUGGGGAGUAUACGCGAUGCUUCAGGGGUUGGCACUCCUUUUUUUACUUGGUGUGGCUUACCAUACUCUCGUCCGUUUCGUCACUCAGGCAGGCUCAAACUUGCACAAUAAUAUUCUCAAGGCGGUAAUGAACGCCCCUUUAUCAUUCUUCAGUUCUACGGAUAGUGGUGUCACCCUCAACCGAUUCUCUCAGGAUAUUCAGCUAGUCGACAACGAGCUGCCCAUGGCGCUACUAAACCUGCUGUUGACUAUUUUUUUGGCUCUUGGUCAAGCAAUCUUGAUCAUCAUCUCCUCACCUUGGGUUGGGCUUACCUUUGUGCUUAUUAUUCCGAUUUUUUAUGCGGUACAAAAUUUCUAUCUUCGAACUUCACGCCAGCUCAGGUUAUUGGAGCUUGAGGCUAAAAGCCCACUGUACACCAGCUUCCUGGAGACUUUGAACGGCCUACCCACUAUCAGAGCAUUCGGCUGGGCACCUAGAACCCUAGAAAUAAAUCGAAGACUCCUUGAUGAGUCUCAAAAACCGAUUUAUUUGCUCUACAUGAUUCAGCGCUGGCUAACCUUCGUACUCGAUAUGAUCGUUGCCUUCGUGGCAACCAUCGUCGUGACGUUGGCAGUAACGCUAAAUUUGGAUGGCGGGCUCACCGGGGUUGCCCUUGUACAGGUAAUGUCUUUAAAUUUGAUACUUACCUCUAUUAUUAUAGCAUGGACCACUCUCGAAACCAGUAUCGGAUCAGUGAGCAGGAUAAAAUAUUUCACUGACUACACACCAUCCGAAAACAAGCCUCACGAAGUUAUACAAACCCCGUCGACAUGGCCACAUCACGGUAGAGUUGAACUCAAAGAUGUUACCGCAUUUUACGAGUAA